GUGAGGUCGUUCUGUAUUUGCGGCCGUGUUUUGAUUUCGAAACAAAGAUCAAAACAAUGUUGUUGACACAAGCGGCCACCAGCUGACUGUUUACGCGGCUUUAAACUCGCGUUAUCAGUUGUGCGGUUACCCCCGCCAAUUUCAAGUUAUCAUCGUGUGAUCCGCUGCGAUCGUGCGAUCCCGCUACGUCACUGCACACCUCUUGAACUCCACUGCGGCAAUCUUCGGCCAAUAGUUAUAAACAUCGGCCGCGGUCAGACGUAUCGUUAAUUGCGUAAAGGCAUUCAUAAAAGUGUUGUUUACGCUACGCAAUUAUUGUUAUAGUUUCCGUUUUUAAGGAAAUGACGAGUAUUAAAAUAAGUUUUCUUGUAUUAUUUAUUUACGGUCUACUUGCGCAGAAUUCGCUGGGUCUAUCGCCUGUAAUCCUCAUCCCAGGAGAUGGAGGAAGUCAACUCGAGGCGAGACUAAACAAGACCAGUGUUGUGCACUACAUCUGUGCGAAAACAUCUCCGGACUACUUCAACAUAUGGCUGAACCUUGAGUUGUUAGUGCCCUUUGUCAUUGACUGUUGGGUGGACAACCUCAAGUUAGAAUAUGACAAUGUCACAAGAACAACUAAAAACCCCGCUGGAGUGGACCUCAGGGUCCCGGGGUGGGGGAACCCAGAGCCUGUGGAGUGGCUGGACCCCUCGCACCAGAGCAGCGGAGCAUACUUCAACAGUAUAGCUGACUCUCUUGUGAAGAUUGGCUAUCAGAGAAAUGUGUCAAUAAUCGGUGCUCCAUAUGACUUUAGAAAAGCUCCAAAUGAGAAUGCAAAUUUCUUCACGGAUAUGAAGACGUUAGUCGAGGAUACCUACAACAAGAACAACAAGACGUCGGUGACGCUGCUGGUGCACAGCAUGGGCGGGCUCAUGGCCAUGCACUUCCUGCGGCUGCAGCCACAGAAGUGGAAGGACCAGUACAUCCGCAGGCUCAUCUCGCUAUCCACACCCUGGGGGGGUUCCAUGAAGGCUGUCAAAGUGUUUGCUAUUGGUGACGACCUGGGCAGCCUGAUGCUCCGCGAGAGCAUCAUGCGCACGCAGCAGAUCACGUGCCCGUCGCUGGCGUGGCUGCUGCCCUCGCCGCUGUUCUGGAAGCCCGCCGAGGUGCUCGUGCAGACCGACAAGUACAACUACACCGUCAACGACUUCCAGAAACUGUUUACGGACAUGGAGCUGCCGGACGCGUGGGAGAUGCGCAAGGACACGGAGAAGUACACGAAGGACUUCAGCGCGCCCGGCGUCGAGCUGCACUGCAUCUACGGAUAUAAUAUCUCUACUGUUGAAAGAUUGGUAUACAAGCCAGGCACGUGGCUGGACGGCUACCCGACGCUGGCGACGGGCGACGGCGACGGGACAGUGAACCUGCGCUCUCUGAACGCGUGCGAGCACUGGCGCAAGCGCAGCCUCCGCAACGGGAACCCCGUCAAGUCCCUGCCGCUGCCCAACGCUGAGCAUCUCAAGAUACUACACGACCAACGGGUCAUCGACUAUAUACAGCUCGUCAUGAAGAACUGAAGAGCAUGCAGGUUGAUGAACUGGUAACCAAAUUCUGUUACUUAGAGUUAAAAGUAAAGCAUAUUGGUUGACUAUCUUGACUACCACUGCGAAAAUCAGAGUAUGAAGCUCGAAACGGCAGAAUUUCUAACUUCUAUUUCAUGAUCACUCUCGGUUACUGUAAGGAUGUCUGAAUUUGGAAAUUGAUUAAUGUAAUCUUCUGAUAUCAGAUGGUUUCAUACUUAUUUUGUGAUGUAAUGUCUCGUAAACCGGGGGUUGCUCUUUAAACCUACAUUUUAAUAAAGUUACAUCGAACUCUUUCAUUACAUAUACAAACCUACAAAAGGUUUGUACGAUUGUACCAUUAGUCAUUGAAAUCUCUUGCUCAAAAUUACUCAUUGAAAAGAAUUUAUGUAUGAAGUUACAUAAACAUUUGACCUUCAUUGAAAAAAUCUAAUAUGCUUUGUUCUGGGUACCGUAAGUUUAAUUAGUUAUUAAGGAUAAAAAAGGGAAAAGUAUCUUUGAAAUAACGCUUAUCUCUCUAAAUAAUGAAACAUUUUAUUUCAUUUAAAGAUAUUCUAGAGAAAUGUAAGACUUUUAUUUGGGAAUAGUGAAUGUUUUCUCUGUAUAAGAAUAAAAAUAUCGUAGGAAUACAUCUUCAGCUCAGAUAAUAAAUAAAACCAUUAUCUUACUUGCCAGUUACCUUAGAUGCUUUAACACAAGUUUAGUCGUAUUUUCUACAAUACACUGUUUACAAAGUCAAUCUGCGUAUUUAGCUACUUAACCUAAUUAGUAAAUUUACAUCGCUCUUUCUGCAGAUAGUCGACGCAAAACAGCUCUGCUAAAAAUAUAUAAAAGUUAAAGUUAGUAUUUCAAUAGAAAAUUGAACCUUAGUAGUAAGUGAUAAGGUUUAAAGUAUAUUUACAAUGCUCCUGUAACUUCCUCAGCGUCCUCAUAUGUUUAAGUGACAAAGCCAAGCUUUAACGGCUGUGAUAUACUUUACUUAACAUAUUUAUUUUCAUACACACACCAUGACAAUUUACACGCAAUUGCAUUUGUUUAUGUCUACAUCUAACUAAGGUUUCUUGUCAGAAGUAUUUUAAAUAUUUGAACAUAUUUUUUUAGCAACAGCUAAAUGCAGGUUCUAACCAUAAAACCCGUAAAAAAAUACUGAAAACAGUAUUUUUAUAGAAACUAUCGUAAGAAUUAUUCAUUAUUAAAAGAUGCAUCGGUUCGGCAAUCCCGAUAAAUACAAGUAAGGAACCGUUGCGUCAUUUAAUAAAUAAUUAAGUAUGGCUAUUUUUUCUUCGCGCAAUACUAUACUUUUCUCAAUAUUGUUGUUAUAUGGUCACUUUGCCAGCAACAACUUAGUGUGUUUUAAAAUAAAUAAAAAACAAUCUAUAUGCAUGUGUUCAGUUAAAUUACAUUUUGAAGUAUAUAUUUAUUGGUCAUUAAUUGGGCUUCCGUAGACGACUUACCAAGUCUGUGUCACUGCUUCCUUUCACGACGUGUUAAUUUGGAAACUAUUAAUACGUAACACAUUUAUUUAUGCAUUUACUGAAUUGUGUAAAAAUCUAACAUAACGUGUUGUAAAAUAUUUUAACAAAUUCUGUUAAUCUCACGUUUUUUAUUCAUGAGCUACGCACCAAAUGCGAAUGUGGAUUGUUUAUUGAAAUAAUGCUCUCUUCAUCCUAGCCAAAAUAAUUUAUUUUGUUACCAAAAAAACCUGUUUCUGUGUCAUUUUGCGGUAAUUGGACACAGUUUACGUGUAAGCAGGGAGUGGAUGAUUUCAUAUUAUUUGAUUAUAAAAAAUCUAAAUCUAAUAUUCAUUGCUAAGUUGUACCUGACACGAGAUGCAAACGUGUCAAGUGCUUUGCGCCCUGCCAAAGUGUUGAAUCCUCACGAAAAUAUAUAUGAACUCAUAAUUGUUAUUGUUGAAAUACUACAGAUAAGGCAAACAGUCGUCUAGACUACCUUUAUUCAAUUUAAGCUUAUUGUUUUAUAAAUAUAUGUUUAUUUAUUAUGAUGUAAUAUUUUUAUAUUGGUGUAUGGAUUUCUUUACGUCAAACUAACCUGGCGAAAAGAUAUGUUGAUUAAUUUCAUAAUAAAUUUCUGUAUUUCUUUUUGGUGUCUAAUAGACUUGUCAAAACUAUGAUAAUAAUAUUAUUAUUUUUUACUUUUAAGUUAACUACAUGACUGUGUGGAAAUAGUGUGCAUGCGCAAAAAGGUGUCUAGUUAGAUAUAAGUAGAAUUAUAUUUUUAUGUACUAUACUAGGUACUACUAAACUAUUUCUGUAGUCAGCCAGUCACGAUCUAAUUCAAAUCGCCCGAAACUUCUAGGUUUUGUGUCAUUUUUUAAAGUUCCAUAUAGAAAAUAUAUAACAGAAGUUUAUUUUAUAUAAAACAAGUAUUUUAAUACCCGAAUUGUAUCAUAAUUGAUAUUGUAUCACUUCAUAAGAAACUACAACAAUUGAAAAUUUCUUGAACCAUGACACAAUUCCUGAAUUUAUCAUCAAACAUUAUAUUUAUUUGCUCCAAAAUAGAAAUAUAGUAGGUUGUCAUAAACUAUAGAUGAAUGCGUAAGUGAGAGUUGAAUGAAAUAAAAAUUACCCAAGAAA